AUGAAAUUCGAGAAAAGCCUUAAUGCAACCUUAAUAACCCUUAUUCCGAAGAAGGCAAAGUCGGUGGAGGUGAAAUACUUUAGUCCUAUAAGUUUUGUGAAUGGAGUGUAUAAGAUCAUAUCCAAGGUUCUUGCCAACCGUAUUAGCACGAUCAUGGACAAGAUCAUUUUGAAGCCUCAAAAUGCUUUUGUUAAGGGGAGGCAAAUUUUGGAUUUGAGGUGGCACAAUUGGAUGAAGUAUUGCAUCACAACCGCUAGAUUCUCAGUGUUGGUUAAUGGCACCCUUGAGGGUUUUUUCAACAGCUCCCAUGGAUUGAGACAAGGAGAUCUUUUAUCUCCUAUUCUCUUGGUCUUAGUCAUGGAUGUACUGAGUAGAAUGAUAAAGGCAGAUGGGGAUGAGUCUUUUUUAUCUGAAUUUUCAGUGGGUGGCACUUCUUCUCAGAGCGUCAAUGUAUCUCAUCUUCUUUUCAUUGACGACACUGUAAUUUUUUGCGAGCCGGAUCCUAAUCAAAUUCGUUCAUUGAUAGCUCUCUUGUUUUGUCUUGAAGCUACUUCUAGCCUUAAGGUGAAUUUGUCAAAAUCGAAAUUGGUUCUGGUUGGCUUGGUAAAUCAUAUUAGAGACUUGGCUAAAAUCUUGAAAUGUAAGAUGUCUUCUUUGCCUAUGAAGUACCUUGGUCAUUCUUUGGGGGCUUUUCAUAAAUCCAAAGUAAUAUGGGAUGGCAUGAUUGGGGGACGAGAAAAAAUUCCAUUUGAUUAA